AUGCCCAAAGCAAAGAAAAGAACGUCUCUUGCCGCUAAAGCAGCGAAUAAAUUAAGUAAGGAAGUCCCUGGGCCUAAAUAUGAGACAGCAGGUUCUACCAGCCAAGACGCUCGUGAAGGAGUAGUGGAUCAACGCUCUGAAACGCCUAGAGAAAGUAAACUCGAUAAGAGGAAAGAAAGACAUGAUGCUUGGCAACAAAAGUUUAAUACCAAAGCAAUAUCGUCUUCAGCUCGUAGACGACGCAAUCGUAAGCAACGAGAGAGUUUGCAAGUGAACAUGUCAUCGUUCGAAAAUGUUUUGCCUGAGCUUGAAACGGAAGUUGAGGAAAGCGAAAAAAGACAGAAUCCAAUUAUAAAGGAUGCCUCAGUUACAAAACGAACGAAGGCAUCCAUGAGAAACGAUACGGUAAAUGAAAUCGACAGAUUUCAGUCUAUUUUACAGCAUCCCUCGUUCGUGUCCAAUCCAUUAAAGACUGUUCAAGAACACUUGAACAAUUCAUUACCAAAAAGGGAAUAA